AUGGUGAUUGACCAGCUAUUGGAGGUUAAUCUGACUUGUAUAGUUUAUGGGAUGAUUGACCAGCUAUUUAUAGAUGAUUUGAUUCAGUUUUGUGGGUUCUUCUUAGUCAAAUCUUGGACAAGUUUGCUCACUCAAUUUGGCUUUUCUGUUAAUCCCUUUACUCGCCAGGAAAACACUGUUAUUCAGACUUGUGUUGUUGCUUGUUAUGGCCUUUCCUUUAGUGGCGGUUUUGGUUCAUAUUUGAUUGUUAUGAAUGAGAAAACAUACAACCUUAUUGGCCUCGACUACCCGGGUAAUCGAGCAGAAGAUGCGAUAAAUCCUGGUUUGUGGUGGAUGAUGGGUUUCUUGUUUGUCGUUAGCUUUUUGGGACUUUUUAGUCUUGUCCCACUUCGUAAGGUCAUGGUGAUGGAUUAUAAGCUUACAUACCCAAGUGGGACAGCCACAGCUAUGUUGAUUAACAACUUUCACACAACAACAGGAGCUGUGCUUGCAGGGAAACAAGUGAAGUGUCUUGGGGAGUAUUUGAGCUUUAGUCUAUAUUGGGGCUGCUUUACCAUAAAACCCAACCUCAAAGUCUGUUAA